AUGGAGCAUAGAGAACAAGAAAACAUGUCUGAUUUUAUUUCCUUAAGCGAUGGGGAAUCUGAAUUAAGAGAAAAUGUUGACGGUGAUGAGUUUUUUACAAGACAAUCAAGAAAACGUUCAGGCACUUCCACGACUAUAGUAAAAAGAAAAAAAAAGUCUAGCGAAAGCACAGUUAAUACAAACUAUUUUAGUAAAAGCACAGUUAAUAUUAAGGUGUCAACCAAAGAAAACAGUAAUGAGGAUGACAAUAAUCAAGCAAUUAGUAAUGUGCCAUCUGUGAAUAGUUCUAGUGUCAAUCAGCCUUCUAGUGUCAAUCAACCUUCUAGCACCAAUCAACCUUCUAGUGCCAAUCAACCUUCUAGCACCAAUCAACCUUCUAGUGCCAACCAACCUUCUAGUACCAAUCAACUUUCUAGUGCCAAUCAACCUUCUAUUUUACAGCAUGCAAUUACAGAAGAAUUACACAAACAAAAACUUAGGCAGCAGCAAUCUACACAACCGGGUAUUGAUAAAAUAUUUCAAGGAUUAGUAACAAACCAGAAGUUCAUUAGUAUGAUAGUCAAGGACCAAUUGGCUAUGAAUAUACAGGAAAGAAUUGGUUUUGCCGAAUUUUUACAAGAGUUUGAUCUGAAUUAUAAAUUGACCACAGCAUUAUAUAGUGCUAUGGAGCACUAUUGGGAUAUACCUAGUAAUGAAGCUAUAUUAGCAGUGCUUUUGGAUCCUCGAUGCAAACCUCUUUUGUUUAUGUCAGGAUCUUUGAAAAAAAGAGCUUCUGAAUUGCUUAAAACUGAAUAUGAAGAAAUCCGGGUUUCAGAUUAUCUUGGAACCCAAGAAAUCCCAUGGAAUCAGUGUCCAUUAACUUGGUGGCGUAAUAAUCAACAAUGA